AAAUAAAUGUAACGCUCGCUCCCUUCUAGCCACAUCAGGGACGGCUGUGGAAUAUUCUGUUCAUUUCUUUUACGGCUUGCUGCAUUUCAAAUCGCUACCAUGGAUUCCAAGACCGCAAUUACGGUUGACGAGAAGCCUUUCUCUCAAGUCAAAGAAGUUUCUACCACUAGUUCGUCUGAAAGUCUGGUGUUUGACGCAGCAGCUACUGCAAAAUUGAUUAGGAAGAUAGACUGGCAUCUUAUCCCUUUUCUCUCAUUGAUUUAUCUGUAAGCUCUCUCCCUCCUGUUGACCUAAUUAAUUGCGCUGAUGAAAGUAGUUUAUGUUUCUUAGAUCGAACGAACAUUGGAAAUGCACGUCUCGACCAUCUAGAGCAAGAUUUGAAGCUCCAUGGACUUCAAUAUAAUGAUUGUCUGGCCGUCUUGUUCCCAUUUUAUAUCGCAGCAGUAAGCUGUUUUUCUUUUUCCGCUAUUCAUAACAUCAAACUAACUCCAUCAGGAAAUUCCAAGCAACAUCAUGAUGAAGCGUCUACGUCCCAGCGUUUGGCUGACAUUCAUUAUGGUUUUCUGGUCACUUGCGAUGAUUCUGCAAGGUUUUGUCAAGAACUACCAAGGACUAAUGUAAGAACCAAUCAUAGUCUAUAUCCCCCUCGCUAAGAGCAACAACCUUUCAUCUACAUGUUCUAAUCGCUAACUCUCUCUAGGGCUACACGAGUCUUUCUUGGUAUCUUCGAAGGUGGUCUCUUUCCAGGAGUAAAUUAUUAUCUCACUUCCUGGUAUCGCAGAAGCGAAUGCGGAUUUCGAAUGGCUCUUUUCUUUUCCGCUGCCACCCUGGCUGGUGCCUUCGGUGGAAUUCUUGCAAGAGGAAUUUCAGAAAUGCAUGGUGUUGGUGGAUUGUCAGCUUGGUCUUGGAUUUUCAUUCUUGAGGGGUUACUCAGCAUCUUGGUUUCGUUCAGUGCUUUUUGGGCCAUUUACGACUAUCCUUCAACGUAAGUAUAGUUGUUGCUAAGCAAGCGCCAACUCAAGCUGACUAACUGUGCCAGUGCCUCAUUUCUUACCCCAGUUGAAAAAGUGGAGGUGGAACGACGUCUCGCUGUCGAUAGUGGUGGUUUAGCAGAUGGCUUCGCAUACAAAUAUGUCUUCCAAGCUAUCAAGGAUUGGAAGAUUUACAUUCACAUGUUGAUUUGUAUGGCCGGAUUCUGCCCCAUCUACUCGUUUGCGCUCUUUCUUCCAACCAUUAUCAAAAACAUGGGUUACACUUCAAACGAAGCACAGCUGAUGAGUGUUCCACCUUAUGUGGUUGCAUGCUUGUUCACAAUUGGUGCAAGUUGGUUUGCCGGUCGUGUUAAGCAAAGAGGAGUGUUCAUGUUGGCUUUCCAACUUGUUGCUAUCGCUGGGUUUGGUAUGCUUCUUGGAAGUCUCAGAGCAGAUAUCCAAUAUGCUGGCACAGUUUUGGCUGCCAUCGGUAUCUACCCACAAAUCCCUCUUGGACUUGCUUGGAACGGGAACAAUAUCGGAGGUAGCUUAAAGAGAGGAACAGGAAUUGCAAUGCAGGUCAUGGGAGGAAAUUGCGGAGGAAUUAUCGCCAGUUACGUGUAUCUUAGCAGAGAUGGACCUAAGUAAGUUUGUAUCUAUCAAGUCGGGCUGCCCACACUAACAAGCAUAGAUAUACCACAGGUCACGGGUUGCUGCUCGCCAUCAUCGGAAUGGCAUUUUUCCUUACAGCCUUUAUGACUGUUUAUCUCAGGCUGGAGAACAGAAGAAGGGACAAGGUGCUUGCCGAAUCACCAUCGACCAGCGGAGCGAACUUAGAGGAUGAGGCGGAUAAUGCCCUAUGGUUCCGAUAUGUUGUUUGAUUGUAGUCAGAACUCAAAUACCCACUAAUGCUGGUCUAAUUUUUCCCAUCGAAGAAAGAUGGAAGAAAUAUAUGAUAUGUGGAGUUAUAGAAAUGAUUUUGGGAAAUAUACAUAGAAUAUACUUAACAAUACAGUACGAGUUUAAAAUUAGCAAA